AUGCCCGCCCGAAUAAAUAUACCCCCGGUCACCCGAGUGCUCUUGAUUGCACUCCUCUUGCAAUCCGUCCUGAGCGCAGCGGUGCGCUAUCGACAAUGGUCGGCCAACUCGGAGAUCGUGGUCGAGUGGCUUACACUGGUCCCCCAACUGUCGCUCUUCUAUCCCUGGACCUUUGUCACAACUACUCUGGUAGAGAACAAUAUAUUCACCCUCGGAAUUGCUGGCUUGACCAUCUUCCAAGGUGGUCGCUACCUUGAGCGGGCCUGGUCCUCAAGGGAGUUCGCCAAGUUCCUUCUGGUGACAUUGCUUGUCCCCAACAUUCUCUCCUUCCUGGUACUGGUCAUGAUGUUUACUCUCACGCGCAACGAGAGAUGGACCCUCACCACCGUUUCGGGCACGAUCCCGCUCCAGAUCUCGUUCCUCGUGGCCUUCAGUCAACUUGUCCCCGCCCAUACCGUCACGCUGUUCCGCGGUAUUGUGUCACUCCGUGUACCUCGAAUCCCUCUGAUACACCUGGGGGUAGUGACUGUGCUCUCCUUGACCCCGAUUCUCUCGGUUGCUCAUGUCCUUUUGGCCACUUUCGGACUUCUGACUAGCUGGACAUACCUGCGAUUCUACAAGACCGUCUUUCCCGAUCUUGACUCGUCUCAGCCAACUUCGAUGCGAGGGGAUGCCAGCGAAACGUUUGCGUUCGCCGAGUUCUUUCCCGGCCCCGUCAAGCCGGCUGUUGCAGCGUUGUCGGACCAGGUUUUCAACGUUUUGGUAGCCAUGAAGGUCUGCACUCCAUUCUCGGCAGCAGAGGUUUCUGCAGCACACGGCGGUGGCUUCAUACAGAGAGGCGCCCCUGGUGGCGUAAGGGCCGAGGCAGAGAGAAGACGGGCACUUGCCCUCAAGGCCCUAGACCAGAGGCUGCAUGCCGCAACGGGGACCACCGGCCCUCGAAGUCAGUCCCAACCUCCAAGCCAUACGAGCGGUCCAACCGUGUCGACACAGCCGCAGCCUACGCAGACUGCCAUGACUUCACAACCGGCAGCUCUGUUGGGAGAGACGAAUUACGUGCCUGACCAGGAUCACAUGGAGAAGCACAGCUCUUGA